AUGAUUCAUUUCUGCUUUUUUUUAACAGACAAAUAUGCAGAUUUUAUAGAUGCCAAUAGAAAAGAAGAUCCUGUUGAACGUCUGAAAACACUGAAGAGACUGAUUCAUGAUUUACCUGAACAUCAUUAUGAGACUCUCAAGUUUCUUUCUGCACACCUGAAGACAGUAGCAGAGAACUCGGAAAAGAACAAGAUGGAACCAAGAAACCUGGCAAUAGUAUUUGGUCCAACACUUGUGAGGACAUCUGAUGAUAACAUGACACACAUGGUUACGCACAUGCCAGACCAAUAUAAAAUUGUAGAAACACUCAUCCAAAAACAUGACUGGUUUUUCACAGAAGAUGAUGCUGAAGAACCUCUUACAACAGUUCAGGAGGAAAACACUGUAGAAUCUCAGCCAGUGCCAAACAUAGAUCAUUUACUCACCAACAUUGGAAGAACGGGAGUAUCUCCUGGAGACGUAUCAGAUUCAGCUACUAGUGACUCAGCAAAAUCUAAGGGUUCUUGGGGUUCUGGAAAGGAUCAGUAUAGCAAGGAACUGCUUGUGUCCUCCAUUUUUGCAGCAGCUAGUCGCAAGCGGAAAAAAACAAAAGAGAAACCACAACCAAGCAGCUCAGAGGAUGAGUUGGAUAAUGUGUUUUUCAAGAAGGAGCUUGCAGAACAAUCUCGUGGUGACACAACAAAAGAGGACAUAGCUAAAGGGGAAUAUGAGAGAGAGAGAGACAUAGGGAGAAAACAGAGGAUGUUUGUCCUGAAGGAAAAAGAGAACAGCAGUAAAAAAGAUGUGAAUGUUGUAAAGGAUGAAAAGAAGACAUUAAAGAAAGAAAGUACCCUGUCAGAGGAACCUUCACUGCCUUACCAUGACAAAUGUACAAUAUCACCGAAUCUCAGCUGUCUGCAAACCACGCAGAAGAAUAACCCAAAAAUGCCUAUUUCACAAUCUUCUUCCCAGGUUGAGGAGACAGUGUCUGACUCUGGCACUAUGCUUAGCACUUCCUCCCAGGCUUCCCAGCACAGAUACUCAAGCAAAAAAGUAGCCAGCCCUGAAAUUAAACACAAUGAGUUUUUAGCAGCUGACGUCAGUUCCAUCACCUCAGAUUAUUCAACUACUUCAUCUACCAUAUAUCUAACUGGCUUAGAUGCCAGUAUGCUGAGCCCUGAGGUGCAGUCAGUGACAGAAAGCAAGGGCGAAGAUGCUGAUGAUGAAAGAAGUGAAUUGAUCAGUGAAGGGCGUCCUGUGGAGACGGACAGUGAAAGUGACUUCCCUGUCUUUGCCACCAGUGCUGCUGCUGAAAGGCUGGCCAAGGGGAAAGUUUCAGAAGUGGUAAAGACCAGUCGGAGGAACUCUGAAGAAAGCGAAAUAAGUUGUACUGAGGGAAGUUCAACACCAAAGUUAGAGAGUCGCAGACUUUUUAGCUCACACAAGCUUAUUGAAUGUGAUACACUGUCUAGGAGAAAGUCCGCACGGCACAAAACGGACAGUGAGGGUUCAGGGGAUGCAAAGAGUGAGAAGGACUUGCCUACUGUGACCAAAAUGUUUGACAUAAUGAAAAAAGGAAGAUCGACAAGCAGUUUAGCUACAUCAGCCAGAAGUGAGGCUGACAAACAAGAACCUACCUGGAGACUUAAGAUUACAGAUAGGUUAAAGCUGCGACUCAAAUCAUCUGCAGAUGACAUGUUUGGAGUUGGGAAUCAAAAAGCUAACUCUGCAGAGACUACAAAGAGAAAAAAUAUCAGGCGAAGGCAUACGCUUGGAGGACAGAGGGAUUUUGCUGAAAUAAGUGUCCUGAAUGCUUGGAAAGCUCAAGAGCCAAGUCAAAGUAGAGAGAGAGAAUCUGAGCUUUCAGCUGUGAAUCGGUUGAAGCCAAAAUGCCCAGCGCAGGACCUCUCCAUCUCAGACUGGCUUGCACGAGAACGUUUACGCACUAGCACAACUGACCUUAAUACGGGUGAAACUGGAAAGCCCAGACUUGAGAACACUAGCUUAGCAGAUGUAUCAAAGGUAGAUCUGCCUUUAUCUGCGGAGAUGCAAGCAGAUGAAGGCAGUUCUUCCAGCAGCUUGACUUUAAUUAAUAGAACACCACCUUUGGGACCAUUUCAGCCACCAGACCAGGUAAAUGGUGAAAAUUAUCAGAAUAUGAACAAAAACAACUUCAGCCCAGCAGUUGAUGCCCAUCCUCAUAAACUGUCUGGGACCCAAGUGGUUAGAUCUCGAUUCUACCAGUAUCUUUGAAAAGGGGAGAUAUGUCCACUACAGCAAUUCAUUAACUUACUGUUACACUUCCCAGUAACUGUGUGUAUGUGUGUGUGUACAUAUAUAUAUAUUUUCCUGUUGUUGUUAUGCAGCCUUCAUUUGGGCUGGUUUCACCAAUAUGCUCUGUGGAACGUCUUCACAGGGCAUUACCACAGCCAGAAGAACACUAAAGUUAAAGU